AGUCUAUCAGUGAUAGACCAUCACCGUCCGAUCUAAUAACCAGGCGCUUUGACAAUUGACAUUCUCCUUCGAAGCGAACUCUGACGAAAAACCAUAGUCACCGUCAACGGCGUCAAGCUCAAGCUCGUCCCUCACCGUCCGGAUUGUGAGCUGAUUGGUUAGGAGUUGCUUGAGGUUCACAGAAUUGUAAGAAAAAGGGCUGAAGCCUUCAUUUAUACUCGUUGAAGAAUAAUUUUGAGAAAAAACUUGGAGUUUGGCGUUACCGGAAAGUGCCAUGACAAACCCUCCUCAGCCUCAGACAUUCGGAUUGCCCUGGCCCGAUCUCAACGAUGGCUUGUUCUACAACGACGUCGUUCGGCCCUCCGAUUCCGAAUUGACGCUGAUAGAGUUCUACUCUAGUAAAUACAAGAAUUCAGCCCCUCGGCUAGGUUGGGUGCAGCGAAUUGAGAGUGGACAGAUAACAGUCGAUGGUCAAGUUGAUACCGAUCCCAACACAAUCCUCAGAGUUGGUUCGGAGCUUGUCUACCACAGACUUCCUUGGAGAGAGCCUGAGGCGCCAUACUUGCUUGAAGUUUUAUAUGAAGAUGAUGAUAUGGUUGCCCUUAAUAAGCCUUCUGGCCUACAAGUUUUACCCGGUGGCCUUUUCCAGCAACGGACAGCUUUAACACAGCUUCAAUGGUGGGCAAGCAAGCAGGGCUCUUCUCUUGCGCGCCAAGAACCACAUCCUGUUCCUGUUCAUCGCCUGGGAAGGGGCACUUCAGGAAUAUUGCUUUGUGCCAAGACGAAGCUUGCCAAAACACACCUUGCAGCAUACUUUGCUGAUGGGACAUCUAGUAUUGAAGGCAAUAGAAAUGCCAAUUUGGAGAUCUGUGAAGUAAGAAAAAUUACGAAGAUAUACCGGGCGCUAGUAACUGGUAUACUUAGUGAUGAUAAGGUAAUUAUAAAACAGCCCAUUGGAAUGGUGCAGUAUCCUGGUGUUGCCAAGGGGCUGUAUGUUGCUUCUGCCUCAGGGAAACCAGCUCUGAGUAAAGUUGCUGUUGUUGAGAGGGAUGUGCAAGGGAACAACACAUUGGUGCAGGUCGAGAUUCAGUCUGGAAGGCCCCAUCAAAUCCGUAUCCAUCUUUCUUUCAUUGGGCAUCCUCUGUUAGGUGAUCCUCUUUAUGUUGGUGGAGGACAACCAAAGUGCUUUGAUCCUGAAAUUAUUGAUGAGAAUUUUGCAAAAGACGGGUACGCAAAUGUUUUAUCUACAAGGGGUUACCAGAGGCCAACAAAACCUGUUCCAGGAGACUGUGGCUACUACUUGCAUGCACAUCAAGUGGUUCUCUCUCACCCAACUACCAAUCAGGAAACCAAAAUUACCGCACCUCUUCCAUCUGUACUCCUUACGCAGGAGGAGGCCAAAGUGAACAGCAUUCAUUAGCAGCAACACCAUUCAACAUGCGACUGCACAAAGUUUGAGAGCAAAGGACAGCAUACCUUACAGCCUUGCUAUCAAAGGUUGGAGAAUUACUUAUUUAUUUAUACUUAAGUGACAGAAGUAGAGACCUUGCACCAUUCAAAUGGCCAUAACGUCAUCAUGACUAAUGUAUUAAGACAUGGCCAUAUUUUCAUAGCUAUUGGUUAUGUAAAUACUUCCAGAAUAGAACAGCAUUGGUGCAUGUGCUAGCAGACACCUUUAAUGGAAAAUUUUUGGGGAUGAAAGUUAUUUCAUGAGGUUGUGUGA